UAUAGUGCAAGUGCUACACUACACUGAACUUUCUCUCUCUAUCAAACUCGCCUUCCACCUCCGUUCAACGUUGAUGUCAACCUUCUUCUUCUUCUUCUUCUUCUAGGAUUCAUCUCUUUUUCUCUCUUAAAAUGAAUCACUACUAAAACUUAUCUUAUCUAUCCACAUUAACUCCGAUGAAUCCUCCACCGUACUUCUUCCUCCUCCUCCUCAUUUUUCUCUCUUCUUGCUCCGCCACUUCACCGGAGCUCCGAUCUCUACUCGAAUUCAAAAAAGCCAUAACUUCAGAUCCAGAAAAUCCACCUCUCACUUCAUGGAACCUUUCUUCUCUCCGAAACGACAACAUAUGUCCACGUUCAUGGACAGGAAUCACCUGCGACGACCUCACCGGAAACGUCACCGGAAUUAACCUCAACAACUUCAACCUCGCCGGAGAGUUAAAAUUUCAAACACUCCUCGACCUCAAACUUCUCAAAAAUCUCAGCCUCGCCGGAAACAGCUUCAGUGGAAGAUUACCACCGUCGUUAGGUACAAUUACUUCUCUUCAACAUUUGGAUCUUUCAAACAACAAAUUCUACGGUCCAAUUCCGGCGCGGAUCAACGAUCUUUGGGGUUUGAAUUACCUCAAUUUUUCACAUAACAAUUUCAAAGGUGGUUUUCCAGCUCAACUCAAUAAUCUUCAACAGCUUAGGGUUUUAGAUUUGCACUCUAACAAUUUCUGGGCUAGCAUUGCUGAAUUAAUUCCGACUCUUCACAACGUCGAGUUUCUCGAUUUGAGUCUAAAUCAAUUCUCUGGUGCACUUUCACUUACUCUUGAGAAUGUUUCAUCUUUGGCGAAUACUGUUCGGUAUUUGAACUUGAGUUAUAACAAAUUGAACGGUGAAUUUUUCUUAAACGAUUCAAUUGCAUUGUUUCGAAACUUGCAAACUCUGGAUUUGAGUGGUAAUUUGAUUAGAGGAGAGCUUCCUUCUUUUGGUUCAUUGCCUGGACUUCGAGUUUUGAGACUAGCGCGUAAUCUGUUCUUUGGCGCUGUGCCUGAGGAUUUGUUGCUGAGUUCAAUGUCAUUGGAGGAAUUGGAUCUUAGCCACAAUGGAUUUACAGGCUCAAUUGCUGUAAUUAAUUCCACCACUUUAAAUGUAUUGGAUCUUUCAUCAAAUAGUUUAUCAGGCUCACUGCCAACCUCUUUGAGAAGAUGCACAGUCAUAGAUUUGAGCAGGAAUAUGUUUACUGGCGACAUUUCUGUAUUAGGGAACUGGGAAGACACUAUGGAGGUUGUUGAUCUGAGUUCAAACAAGCUGUCUGGAUCCGUGCCUUCUAUUAUAGGGACAUAUUCAAAAUUGUCUACCCUUGAUUUAAGUUUUAAUGAACUUAAUGGAUCCAUUCCUGUUGGUUUGGUUACUUCACAAUCGCUAACAAGACUGAAUCUUUCUGGAAAUCAAUUUACAGGGCCACUUUUGCUUCAAGGUUCAGGGGCAAGUGAAUUACUAAUUUUGCCUCCUUUUCAGCCAAUGGAAUAUUUUGAUGUAUCUAACAACUCGUUAGAAGGUGUCUUACCUUCUGAUAUAGAUAGAAUGGUUAAGCUCAAAAUGCUGAAUCUAGCAAGGAAUGGCUUUUCCGGACAGCUUCCAAAUGAAUUGAGCAAACUUAUUGAUUUGGAGUACCUCAAUUUGUCUAACAACAAAUUUACCGGAAAAAUUCCUGAUAAGCUUUCAUUUAACUUGACUGCGUUUAAUGUGUCCAAUAAUGAUCUAUCUGGCCAUGUUCCAGAAAAUUUACGGCGGUUUCCUCCUUCAUCUUUUUACCCUGGAAAUGAAAAGCUAAAGUUACCAGAUAAUGCCCCAGAACAUUCUGCACUGCCAAAUAUUCCAGAUAAAGAUAAACAUCAUAGUUCAAAGGGUAAUAUCAGGAUAGCAAUUAUCCUUGCUUCUGUGGGUGCUGCUGUGAUGAUUGCUUUUGUUUUAUUGGCUUAUCAUCGAACACAAGCAAAAGAAUUUCGUGGGAGAAGUGAUUUUGCUGGCCAAACUACUGGAAGAGAUGUCAAGUUAGCAGGACUUUCAAGGCCUUCCCUCUUCAAGUUCAAUACAAAUGCUCAACCCCCAACAUCUUCGUUGAGCUUUUCAAAUGAUCACUUAUUGACAUCCAAUUCAAGAUCACUUUCUGGACCACAGUCAGAGUUUAUAACCGAAAUUUCUGAGCACGGCUUGCCGCAGGAAGUGGUAGCAACCAGUUCAGCACCUCCUAAUUUGAUGGAUAACCCUCCCAUGUCAUCUGGAAGGAAGUCUUCUCCUGGUUCCCCAUUGUCGUCCUCACCACGCUUUAUCGAGGCUUGUGAAAAGCCUGUGAUGUUGGACGUAUACUCACCAGAUCGACUAGCUGGGGAACUGUUUUUCCUGGAUUCUUCACUAGCAUUCACUGCAGAGGAGUUAUCUCGAGCUCCGGCUGAAGUUCUUGGUAGAAGUAGCCACGGCACUCUGUACAAAGCUACUCUGGACAAUGGUCAUAUGUUGACUGUAAAAUGGUUAAGAGUGGGGUUGGUCAAACAUAAAAAGGAAUUUGCGAGAGAAGUUAAAAAGAUCGGUUCGAUGAGGCAUCCAAACAUUGUCCCAUUACGAGCAUACUAUUGGGGGCCUAGGGAACAGGAGAGGCUUCUUUUAGCUGACUACAUUCAUGGAGACAACUUGGCCCUCCAUCUCUAUGAGACCACUCCCCGGAGAUACUCGCCAUUGUCAUUCAGCCAGAGAAUAAGAGUUGCAGUUGAAGUUGCUAGAUGUCUUUUAUACCUUCAUGAUCGAGGGCUUCCCCAUGGAAAUCUGAAGCCGACAAAUAUUCUGUUAGCAGGCCCUGAUUACAGUGUUUCUCUUACUGACUACGGUCUGCACCGGCUAAUGACACCGGCUGGAGUUGCAGAGCAGAUACUAAAUCUAGGAGCACUCGGAUACCGCGCUCCAGAACUUGCUUCUGCAUCCAAACCACUUCCAUCAUUUAAGGCCGAUGUUUAUGCACUUGGGGUGAUCCUAAUGGAAUUAUUAACGAGGAAAAGUGCAGGCGACAUAAUAUCUGGGCAAUCAGGUGCUGUUGAUCUUACAGAUUGGGUUAGGCUGUGUGAGAGAGAAGGAAGGGUAAUGGACUGUAUAGACAGAGACAUUGCAGGUGGUGAAGAAUCCUCUAAAGAGAUGGACCAACUGCUUGCGACAUCUCUCAGGUGUAUUCUCCCUGUACAUGAAAGGCCUAACAUCAGACAAGUUUUUGAAGAUCUCUGUUCCAUACCAUCGGCUUGAAUUUUUUGUACAUGUGUCUGGGGAUUAGGUUUUUUAUUUUUGGUUCCUUGACCCAUUGUUAUUUUCUGAUUCUUUGUACUCAUAUCUUCUCUCCUCCUUAAUUGGUUUCAGGCCUUAUUUUGGGCUAAUCAUCAUAUUCUUUUCUUCUAUUAUUCUCUUUUUCUAGAAAGAUAUUUCUUGUAAAGCGACAAUCAUCGAUUAAUCGACAGUGUUGGUGUUUAAUUUGAAAUGGAGAUGUUUGAAUUCUUUUCUCUUAA